AGGAACCAGGAAUAAGGAACCAACUUCAGGCUCAUGAGUGCCGCAGGACAUGUGCUAUAUUAGCACCGUGCCAACAUCCUUCACAAGAUAAACCCAGAGAUUUCAAAUAGGAAUCCGCAGCAUCCAACAUAUUCUGACCUGUUGUGGUCUGAGGUCUUUGCUGCAGGAGAACUGCUCUGUGAUUCAUCUGCAGUCCAAAAAUGAGUGAAAAAUUAAGAGCCAGCAUUUUCCAAGGGGUGUGUGGAUGUACCGAUGUGCCCCUGGAGUCUGAAAAGAUUGGGAACCACAAAUCUCAACAGGGCUCAGACCAACAGGUGUUACCAGGGCAAGAGGAAAUGGCCCCAAAUCCUGCCAAGCCCGUGCUACACGCCUUGAUGCAGGAGGAGCCAUUGCUGCCAGUGACAUCUCCUGUGAAAACAAAAGUAGAAUGCAUGUCACCUGAGAAAAUCCCAACUUUUACUGCAGCCAGACAGGCAACUCGGAGCCCCAAGGCCGUGUCCCCGGGGCCUGCAGUGGCAUCCAAAGCAAAGCUCAGUCCCCGAUCUCCACGGCGCAUCAGGAAUGUCCUGGUGGCUCCUCUCCCAGAGGGGGAAAUCCUGACAGACCAGAACAACAAACAGUGGAAACUUGUGAAGCUUCUGAGCCAGGGCAACUGGGGGCUGAUAUAUGAAGCACAGUCAGCAUCUGGAGCCUGUCCUCAAAAGCAAAGAUACUCUCUCAAACUUGAUGCCAAAAAUGGGAAGAUCUACAAUGAGCAGAACUUCUUACAGCGAGCUGCCAAGAAAGCCACAGUGGAUAAGUGGAAGAAGAUGCAUUUGGUGCCUUUGCUGGGAAUUCCAAACUGCAUUGGCUUUGGACUCCAUGCAAGUAGCUACAGGUUUCUGGUGUUCCCAGAUUUAGGGCGAACCCUUCAGUCCAUCCUUGACGAUGGCACAGACCUGACAGAGAAAACGGUUUUCCAGGUUGCAGUGCGGCUGCUAGACUGCCUGGAGUACAUCCAUGAGAACGAGUAUGUGCAUGGAGACCUCGCUGCUGAGAACAUCUUUGUGAACCCAGUGGACCUCACACAGGUCACUCUGGCAGGCUACUGCUUCGCUUUCCGAUACUGCCCGGAGGGAAAGCACGUGGCUCACCAUGAAGGCAGCAGGACUCCUCAUGAGGGCACCAUCGAGUUCAUCAGCCUGGAUAGCCACAAAGGAGUUGCUCCAUCUCGCCGGAGUGACCUGGAGUCUCUGGGCUACUGCUUGCUGAAGUGGCUCUGCGGCUUCCUGCCCUGGUCUAAUGAGCUGGCCAAUGUUCAAGCUGUGAUGGAACAGAAAAAGAGGCACAGAAUGGAUGUGACUGGCCUCCUGAGACUGUGCUAUGUCCGGAAAACAAUUCCAGGUGCCCUACAGAGCUACCUGCAGCAAGCAAUGGCUUUAGAGUACGAGGAGAAGCCAGACUACGAGGCUCUGCGAGAGAUCUGGAGGAAGCCACUGGAGAGGAUGAGAGCUUCAGCCUAUGACUCAGUGGAUGUCAACAUGGUGCCCUAGAUUUGAGGAAACUUGACUGAGACUGAAAAUGUAGGCCUGUUGGAAGGGAUGCACCCCCCCCGCUCAAGCUGUGCAGCCAGCUCUCACUGUGCCAUUACAUUUUGUUCUAGAAUUGUGACUUUUAUAGAUUGUUCUUAGAGAUUUUACCGUAAGUUAAAAGCUGAAAUUUGAGCCAGCACUGUUCCUUUAUGAGCUUCAACUAAUGUGAAGACCCACUCCUUCAUGGCAGAUGGCUACCCAGCCAUUUGGAACUACUGAGGCACCCAUGCAUAUUGCCAUGGAGACAAGGGCUGAACCUGGUGAAGGGGAAGAAAUUGGGAAUUUUAAACAUUUGUAUCUUCCUAGAAAUGUUUUCUAAUAAACUAGUUUCAGAUGGAUCCUGUA